CGUAGUGUCAGCAUUUUCCGUCGAGUGAGCUCGGCAGCCGGAGGCGGCGGGUCGCCAACGGUCGAGACUGCCCGAGCAACACCGACGCGGUGACGGCAGGAACAGGAAUGGACUUGUGUUCGGAUGCUGAUACACGAUUGUUGCGUUUAAAAGAAUAAACUGCUAGAUUUUGCGUUUGGUUUCUUUUUCAUAAAACUGUGCUGACAUCAGGAGUGGGAUUCUUUAAACCCUUGCGUGCACUUGUACGACAAUGCCGAAAGAGCAGCGACGCCAUAAAAAAGACAAACCGCGACGUUCGCGUCGGAGUGAAUCUAGUGAUGGUGCAAGUGGGUCUCGUUCACGGCAUGAGCGGCGGCAAAAGCACAAGAAGUUGCGGGAACCGACUCCAGAACAACAACUUGCGAGACGGCACCGCUUGCGAUCUCACUCGAGGACGAGGAGUGGCGACAGUCCUGGUCGCAGCAGUCCUGGUCCUGCUUCUGUUUCGCAAAUCAGUGAGGCUAUAGCAGCUGGGUUUGGUAAGCUGGCAGAGCAGGUGGAGGUGCGUGAGACUCGCCAGCAGCCGGAAGAACCCGCCAUCGUCGACGUCACUGACAGUCGAAACCAAAUAACUGCGCGUACAAUCAAGGACCAAGCUGCUCAAAAGGCUCGUUUCGACCGUGUUCGAACUGCUGGUCAACCAUAUCAGGAGGGAGACCUGGUGCUGAUCCGUCUAACUAGCGGCCCUGCAACCGGAACUAGCCGAAAGUUACUGCCCAAGUGGCGUGGCCCAUUCCGAGUUACCAAGGUUUCUGGAAAUGAUCGGUAUGAAGUCGCAGACAUACCGGGAGCAACCAGGUCCAAGUUGCAGUACCGUGGAGCGGCCGGCAUCGACAAUAUGAGGUCGUGGGUCGUGUAUGGGUAAGGUAGUACGGUUCAAAUAGGGAGUAGUCCAUGGUGAUUGGCGCUACUCGCAUUUGGCCGGCUUGUGGAUUGUUGAUGCUCGCUGAUUCAGGCUUGACCAGAGGUUUCUGUGUUUGAUAGUCUGGUGGGUGGCAGAGCUGGGUGACGAUCACACAAGGUGUAGUUUUAGUUUUGUUUUGCGUUAUUAUUAAGUAUUAUGUUCAUUUAAAAAUUAAGCUUACUUCUAUGCGUUACAUUUAAUAUUCGCCCUCAUUUAUUUUGUAUUGUAUUCUUGCAUUAUGUAAGUUUGGCCAAAUUUACCCUGUUUUCUUCCAGUUACCGUCCCCGGCAGACAGGCAGCUUGCUCUCUGAUUUAUAUCUUUAAUGUAGGAGAAGUGACGAUCAAAGUCUAAGCCUGUAUGUAUGAGUUUCAGUCCGAGGACCUGGACUGAGGUGCCCAUGUCCGUCGAGUGAGGACACUCUCCAUGUCAGGAAAGGCCGUGUCAGCAUUUUCCGUCGAGUGAGCUCGGCAGCCGGAGGCGGCGGGUCGCCAACGGUCGAGACUGCCCGAGCAACACCGACGCGGUGACGGCAGGAACAGGAAUGGACUUGUGUUCGGAUGCUGAUACACGAUUGUUGCGUUUAAAAGAAUAAACUGCUAGAUUUUGCGUUUGGUUUCUUUUUCAUAAAACUGUGCUGACAGUAGUGUGAUUUCAUUUUAAGUAUCAAGCUUCAAAAUAUACUUUCGUUGCUAAUUUUAAAGACUAGUUUUUGA